AUGUCGGAAUGGUCGCAUUCGCUAGGCUACUCUGCUGCAGAUAUCUUUCCGGAUACCGAUAGCGAGGGGGAAGGAGAAGGUGGUUCUACGACUGUCGCGGAUGGACCGGUUUCCGCUAAAACAGUAGCCGAUGAUGAGGAGAAGGUCGAUUUCAUCGAGACGCCAUUCACCAUUGCUGCACGCAAUGCGCUUUUCAGAAAAGCGAGGCAGGGAGCUUUUCCUGCUCGUGAGACAGCAACGCCGAAGUCAACCGAUGACAAGGGCAAGAGCCGGGCUCUUGAUGCGGUAGGAGAGUAUCAUAGCCCUGCCUCAGAGCUCACACCAUUGAGUGAAGCUCAAGCUCCGCCGCAUCGGUUCAGCUGCCACCAAGAGCCCAUCGAGGUCAUCGUCGUUUCCUCGGACAGCGAGUCUGAAGAGGAACUAACUUCCGGCUCAGGGGCACGGCAUGCUGGAGCAAACGACGCGGAGCCGGAGCGCUCAGGUGCAGAACAUGGCUCAGAAGUAGAGCUGGGCAGCGAGAGCAUACUAGACCAGCUGUUCGAGGAAAAUCACGAGUUCUACGACCGGCUUGGCCGCGAAGUCAUCCCGAGGGGACGGGCAACAUCCCCUGGAUGCUCGUCAGCACAAAUGGACACCCUCAUGACUGAUGGAAGCACAACAUACGACACUUCGUCUUGGGCACCGACCGAGCCGGCCUACUACCAUACACCAUCCGGAUACCCGGCUUGUGAUCCUGUGCCGCUGCACUAUCCGUCUCCGCACACCUCAGAGGGAAACGCGGACCAGUACGCGCCUGUUCGGUGGCAACAGCCACAUGUGCAGACCACGGACCACCAUAAUGGAUACGGCUGCAUGGAGCCUCAGACCAUUGGCUGUUACUACGAACCGCAUGUGCACAAUCACCGGUACGACCAUCCGCCAAUGGCAGGUCAGACCCCUUGGCAGCCUGAGAUACAAGAAGACACGGAGAAAGCGGACAGUACAGAUUCCAACCGAGCCUCGUCCAGUCGCCACGAAGAAGGCGAGGAAUGGUCUACGCUGCGAGCGACGCGCACACGGCCGGACGGUACGCUUUCGCUGACAGCGGCGAUGCGCCGGCCGAUCCCGCCCACACGCCUCGCGCCGAGCAGCCGUGGCGGCAGCCGUCUAGCGUUGCCGCUCUACCGCACGGUGGGCAGCUCAGCGGAAGAGCGCCGGCGUGCCGAGAACCUGCUGGACAGGCCACCCUCAAUCGUACAGACAGGACGAAAACGAGAAGAGCCCGUAGUGUCCCCAGUGGCAGUGGCGCCCAGAACCAAGCGGCUCUUCCAGCCCGCGCCGCUGCCGCCCAGCACCUCUUCGCGCACCGUCACGGAACGAGAUCGACGCUGA